AUGUCAUCAUUUGAACAAAUUGCAACUUAUUUAAAUAGUUUAAAUGAAACUACACAAAAAAUUCAAUCUAAAAAAUCAACCAUUAAUUCAUCAAGGGACACUGUUGAAUUUAGAGGGACAAUAAAAUCUGAUAUCGAAAAUGGUAAAACACUUAUAAAUAAUAUAAAACAACAAUUAUCAGGAUUUUCAAGAGCAGAUAGAGUUAAAGUAAAUAAAUUAACAGGUCAAUUCAAUGAAUUGACAAAACAAUUUGAAAAAGAGAGUACAGAAAUUAUAAAUUUACAAUUAAGAAAUGCAAUUGGUUCAGGUGGUAGAUCAGCAUCAUUAUCAAUAAAUAAUAGAGAUGCAUCAAGUAGAUCAGGUUCAUUAGCAGGUAGAAUACAUCCAGUUCAUAAUAAUAAUAAUUUUAAUAAUAAUAAUAAAGGUUAUAAUAAUAAUGAUGAUGAUGAAAUUAAAUUACAAACAUUGGAAAUUACAUUAUCAAAUGCAGAACCAGUUGAGGAAUUAAUUUUACAAGAAUAUAAUACAGAAGUUCAAACAUUAGUUAAAGAUUUAACAAUGUUAAAAGAGAUUUCAAAUGAUUUACAUUUAUUAACAACAGAACAACGUGCACCAUUAGAACAAGCAAGUAAAAAUGUUGAUAUGGUUGAAAUGAAUGUUUCUCAAGGUAAUCAAGAAUUAGUAAAAGCAAAUCAGUAUGCUUGUAGUGCUCGUAAGAAAGUCGUAAUAAUUGUAAUUUUAGUUUUAAUAGUCAUUGGUUUAGUCGUAGGUUUAUGUGUUGGUUUGGUUAAAAAAUAA